GAGUUACUCUGCUUUGCAUGCAUCCUUUACUUGGUCGCCUGGUCGUCACUCUUACCCUUUGCCUUAUCUGCUUCAUUGCCUAUUCUUCCCAGAUAUUUGUGCUUUGGCCAUGGUACGGUCGUGCCCUUUCUGUCGACCUCAUCUGUCUCUUGUUUCCGUUCAAUCUUCUCGUUGGAAUGCUUUUAUGGAAUUACUUUCUUUGCGUGUUCACUGACCCUGGCGGUGUACCGGAGGGCUGGAAACCCGAUACUCACGAGGACGGCUACGAAGUCAAGAAACUGACGGGGGGACCACGGUAUUGCAGAAUGUGCGAAAAGUACAAACCCCCUCGAACACAUCAUUGUCGCCAGUGCAAUAGGUGCAUACUGCGCAUGGAUCAUCAUUGUCCUUGGGUCAAUAAUUGCGUCGGCCACUUCAACUACGGCUAUUUCAUACGCUUUUUAUUCUACGUCGAUGUUGCAUGCUCCUACCACCUUGUGAUGAUGACACGGCGCGCUAUGGAAAGACCAGACGUUGUAUAUUGGAACACAAUAACGGUGACUGAGCUAGUGUUCAUCAUCUUAAAUUUCGUCGCUUGCGUUCCCGUCUUGCUGGCAGUCGGUGCAUUCAGCCUCUUCCAUUUUUCGAGCCUCAUGUCGAAUACAACCACAAUCGAAGGUUGGGAGAAAGACAAAGUCGCGACGAUGGUUCGGAGAGGUAAGAUCCGCGAGAUCAAGUUUCCUUACAAUCUCGGCCGAAGACGCAACAUAGAAUCUGUUCUUGGUCCAAGUCCUCUACUUUGGUGCUAUCCCGCGAGAGCGCUAGGCAACGGACUGAAAUAUGAUAUCAAUGAGGGUGGUAAGUGGAUUGAGCUGACGGAACCACGAGAGCAAUACGAGAGAGGUGGAUGGGAAGCAUGAGUGCGGCGUAUUCACUCCUGUGUAGCCAUCUCAUCUCAUCGCCUCGUUAUUCCUCUGCCGCUGUAUCUGUUAAUAUUUGAGGCUGAUCUCUUUCUUCUACAUUCACAGAAGGCUUAGAACUGGACACAUGGCCUCCGCGUGAUCCAGGAGCCACCCUAUGCGAAGACCGACCUGAAGGCUUCCAUCUUCCAGACACCCCUUGGACAUAUGGGAAUGAGACGGUAAAUCCCG